AUGAAUCUCUACACGCCAGGAGAUGGUCUUUUCAGUACUCAUGUCACUUUGGAGGACAUCGAACAGGAUAUGCAACGAGCGCUCGGCACUGACUCGUCGUUUGGACCAAACAAGUCCAUAAAAGAUAUUGGAGAUAAAAAGGGUUACAUGUCAAAAAUUGUGCUUGUCGAACCAGACUGGCAGCCUGUAGAUAAUCAGCUGCCUCGAGUAUUCCUUGUGAAGAUCCCAACUCAGCUUGUAAUGCAGAAAUUCCAGAAAGAGAUUGCACUGAGCAAAAACAAUAAGAGCAGAUUUGACGAUCCGGAGUUCAGAGACAGGUUCGAGGCGAAUGAGAAGCGCGUAAGUUCCUCCUCAUCGAUUGUGCAAGGUGCGGUUUAG